CCUCUCUCCUCCCCCCACGAAAUUCGAAAUUUCCCCACUUUCACUCCCCCAAACCCCCAAAUGGCCGCUCCGCCGCCGGUGCUCACCCUGGCGGUGGAGAAGGGUCCGCGCAAGGGAGAGAUCUGCCAGUGCAGCGCUGGAUCCGUGCUCCGUGUCGGGCGCGUCAUCAAAGGCAACCACUUUGCCGUGCGCGAUAAGGGCGCGUCGCAGCAACAUCUCUCCAUCGAGUUCCUCCCGCCGCCCGCCGCCGGAUGGGUCGCCUCCGAUCUGGGAUCCUCCAACGGCUCCUUCCUCAACGAUGUGCCCCUCGAGCCCUUUGUUCCCACCCCGCUUUCCCAUGGGAACCUGAUCAAGAUCGGCGAGUCCACCGUGCUCGCCGUGUCCAUCCCCUCCAAUUCGGAUCUGAGCACCGCCACCGCUGCCGACCCCGGAACUAGGUGCUCCUCGCGCUAUGCGGCAGAGACGGCGGCGGUGGAGGAGGAGAAGCCCCCUGCGGCGACCCGCCGGGGCACACGGAAGAAGGCAGCGGUGGCGGCGAUCCCCGAGGUGGAGAAUGAAGUGCCGGACGCGGCGGUAGUGGUAGUGGAGGAGGAGAAGCCCCGCCGGGGCGGACGUAGGAAGGUGGCUGCAGUGGCUCCCCCUGAACAGACGGAAGAGGGGGAGAAGGAGGCCCCGGUGGGGAGGCGCCGUGGUGGACGGAAGAAGGCCGCGGAGCCCUCUGAACCGGAGAAGGGAGAGGAGAAGGAGGAGGCCCCGCUGGCGCCGCCUGUUGGCGGGCGGAAGAAGACCACAGCAGCUGCUGAGCCGGAGAAAGGAGACGAGGAGGAGGAAGAGGGGAAGAAGGAGGCCCCGAAGGGGAGGCGCCGUGGUGGACGGAAGAAGGCCGCGGAGCCCUCUGAACCGGAGAAGGAGGAGGCCCCGCUGGCGCCGCGUGCUGGCGGGCGGAAGAAGACCACAGCAGCUGCUGAGUCGGAGAAAGGAGAUGAGGAGGAGGAAGCCCUGCUGGUGACGCGGAAGGAGGAUACGGAGCCUCCUGAACUGGAGAAGGAAGACGAUGUGGAGGCCCAGAUGAUUACACGCCGUGGGAGGAAGAAGAAUGCUCCGACGGUCGCCCCUCCACCACAGCCUCUGAAGACGGGGUCCAGAGGGGGCCAGGGAAGGUUCACAAGAGCGGCUAGUACAAGGAAGGCCGUUCUAGAGGACGAGGAAGUGGAGGAAGAGGAGGAACAUGAGGUGGCUGCGCCUAGAGAUCAGCCUGGCAAUCUGUCGACUUCCACAGCGGUAAAGGAUGGUGAAGAGGAGGAGAAGGGGGAGGAAGAGAAGGGGGAUAAGGUGGCAGCUGACGAUGGAGAAAUCGAGGUGGCUGCAAAGGCAUUGGAGGAGGAAGUCCCCAAGGGGCCGGCUUCUGCUCAGUGUGCUGCUUCUGACAAUGAGGGUGAUGGGGAAAGGGGUGGCGGAGAAGAGGAAGAUGAUGGCAAUGGGGAUUUGCUUGGCAGUAGAGGAGAGGCUUCUGCUCAGUGUGCUGCUUCUGACAAUGAGGGUGAUUGGGAAAUGGGUGGCGGAGAAGAGGAAGAUGAUGGCAAUGGGGGUUUGCUUGGCAGUAGAGGAGAUGUAGGAGAUGGGGCAAAGGUGGAGGAAUGUGCUGUUAGAAGCAGUCUUGAGACCAUGACAUUGCAGGAGUGGUUCGACCGGAUGGAAAAGUACCUCCCAAGGAUGAUCAACGAGGCUGCGGAUCAGAUGAUCGCGGAGUUGGAGGAGAAACAAAAGCGAGUCCAUGAGUACAUUUCAACGCUCAAUAUCUUUGCAGAAAAUGAACUUAACGACACGAAAAUUUGUUGGCGUGGACGAGCUCGCCUGCUCGCGUUAUCUGCAGGCGUCGGUCCUCGUCGGGAUAUGGAACGCACGCCGUAUUCCAGCUCGUAGACGACGACUCAUUUAAUGAGUGAAGCGGACGGGAAGAGACAGUUUGUACAGUGCGGGUGACGGACGUUGAGGCGCUAGCGACGGCCGUUUUCAUCAUGAAGCAAUGUGUAUCCCUGCUAGACUGAAUUCCGCUCGGGUCAGACCUACCAACUCCAUUAAACUCCCCAUCUAUCAUCGACGGCGGCUCAGUCUAUAAUAGUCCAUCCCCAAAUCAAAGGAACAAACCCUAGUUGCACACUGUUCCUCAAUAGACCCCCAAAUCGGAGCAAGGAAUAGCAGCCGCAGAAAAGAUGGCAAAUCUGAAUCAAGGUGCUGAUCCAGCGGCACUUCCAAUCUUGCCUUGCCUGGACUAUGGCAGGAACGUAGUCGCCUACGUUGCUCGUUGCGGGCAGAGCGCCGGCGAGCGAUUCUACAAGUGCCGCAAUCACAAUCCGUCAGGUGGUGGAUGCAAUUUCUACAAGUGGCAGCAAGCGUACGCCGACCACCUCGCGUCGCCGUGUCCAGCCGCACCCCCAUUGGCGCAAAUCGAGCCAGGAUAAGAGCAAGGCGGCCAAGCUUUGGGAGUUCAAGAUCUACAGGUGCCGCACGCACCACACCACAGGGCAGCAGAACGGCAUGCCGGGGGCACCCAGUUCGUUUCUUCAGUCAGCGCCGCUGCAGGAUACAUGCUCGCCGUGCUUCCAGCUGCUGGGCGCCAGGGAACCAUUGGCGUUGACGCUGCAUCCAUCAAUCUGGUGGUCUCCGAGGCCAACCUUGUCACUGGGGUGGCAAUCCUUGUGUUGGUUGUGGUCAUGCACGUGCUUCGUUAGGCGCCAGCUGCGAAUAGAGCACGGCGUACCAUUGUACCUGCAAAUCAAGUAUUAUGAUGUUUGUGUCAUUGGUUAGCAGCCAAGUGUAUAAUGGUGUAGGCGCAGCUACAGUGUUGCUGAUGGCGAACUUUUGUAAUGAUCAAGUUUAAGCUGUGUGAUGUAGUCUCGUUUGUGCAACUAAUAAUAUUAAUGGGAGUAUGUUUUUAGCUAAGCAGG